AGGAGUCCCUGAAGGCAGCAUUGCCUAGCAACAGCGUAGUUUAGUUGCUUGACAUGAGUAGCUCGGCUUUAGCCAACUUUCUCUGACACAAUGCCCAAAAAGAAGGAUAAGAAAAGCGGCGACAAACAAGAUGAAGCCAAGAAAACAUCGAAAAAGGAAAGUUCUGCAGCCUCCGCAGAUAAAACCGGGUCUGACGACAAAGAGAGGAAUUUAUAUCUGACUCAAAUAAGAUAUCUGAACGAGCAGUUGGAGAGAUAUCAGCCGAAAUGUGAUCAACUAGAGAGGCAGAAGAAUGACUUAAACGUUCAGUACACUGCACUGGAGAAGGAGAAAAAGGACAUUGUUGAGUAUCUGAAACGCUCCCUGAUAGAAAAGGAGGACGAGGUGGAUGAGCUGACAGAGCUUCUGGAGAGUCAGCGGCAGGCUGCCGAUAAUGACAGAGACUGUCUGCAGUUGCAGCACAGUCUGCUGAGGCAAGAGCUUCAAGACCGGAUUGAAGAACUCAACGUAGAAAACACCACACUCGUGAUGAGGUUGGCUAAUCUGGAGGAGUUCCAGAAGCAAAAGGAGCAGCUGACGUCCAACAUGGAGUCUCUGGCGAAGCAGCUGGCCAAUCAGAACGAGGAACACAAAGCUGCUAUCCACAGCCUGGAGAUGAAUGCACUGCUGGAAAAGACAAGGUUAGAGAAGGAGAUGGAGAAACAUGUGGCGGCCAUGGCGGCAGAGUUACAGCACCUGGUGGACCAGAAGCUCCCAGAGACAACCAGGUUGGCCCUUCAGGAGAACUCGGAGGUCAAGGCUCAGAUCAGCCAGCUGUCAGAGCAGACACAUGUCCUGAUGGAGGAGAACUCUGCCCUGCGGGACCGUAAGAGUCGGCUCAGUGUGGAUGUGGAUAUCCUGGAGCAAAUGCUCAGCGAGAUGUCCCGCAAGAGCUGUAUCCGCAAGAAGGUGGUGGAGCAGCUUACAGAAAAGUGUCAGCAGCUGCAGGCGGAGUUGAAAGACUGUAAGCGAGAACUCGAGCAGCUUCAGACCAAACACACAGGAGUCCUGGCUGAGAUGGAGGCACUCAGACAGGACCGGACCUCGCUGUCCGAGCAGUGCAGUAAAAACAGAGCCAAGGUGAGCGGGCAGGAGGCAGAGCUACAGCAGGAGAGGAAGAGGAGGAGCAGGAUGAAGAGCAUCAUGCAGGAGGCAGCCAUUACUCUCAGACAAGCCCUGAUGGACGCUCCCACACACCACGUCUCGGAGGGGGACUCUGUUGUCCAGUGGAAGCAGCUGAUGGAGAAGCUGCUGGUGGUCUUGGACCGGCCCACACCCACCAACACCACCGCUGAGAAACAACAACUGGAUGAGGAGCAGACUUCUGACCCUGCAGCACCCAGAGAUGUGACCCCGAAUCCAGCAUUGAGUUUUCAGUUCGAGCUGGCCCGCUACAGGCCGGGUGACCUAGGUCUCGUACCCCGUCCAGCACUCAAACACAACUUCUCCAGGAUGGGAGCAGCUGUGUCCAGCACCACCCACGUACCUCUGCACAGGAAGCCCUCCAGUCAGAAAACAGCCAGUUCCAACAACCACAAUCAUUCAGCUGUCGGAAACUUACUCUCUAAACCCAAAUAACAAAACUAGACUCCUAUUCUUGUGGGAGAAAACCCUUCAUUUCACCUAAAUACAGAGGAGCCAGUCUGCUAGUUCUACCUUUCCUUCGCAAAUUACUCAAUUUCAUAUAUACUUUUUCUUAUAAAUGUGUUUUGUGUUGACUGUAAAUUGACCGUCUGGUCAUACCAGAAAAAAUAAGGAUGUAGCAGUAAAACACCUGAGUAUUUUUAAUGUAACAACCAAGGGUUGGUUUAAGUCCUAUUCAUUCAGAAUUGAUCAAAGAAUAAAUGACCAUUCCUUUAGCGAUGGCUUUCCAAAUCCUCAAUGUCUCACUACAAAAUGAUAGUUUAGGUUGAGCGAACAUGAUUUUCUUGACAAAACAGUUAUGGCGUAACUAUAGCGUAAGUACUCAUUACCCAGAAUGGCCCAUUUCAGAAUCAUUUACAUUAUGUUAUUGGAUAAUUAUUGAUGCAUUAAUGUGUUCAUCACGAAUGUUACAACUGGUAAAGGUGGUAGUAAUAUAAAUUACUUUAUAUACUGGUGGGUAGCUUUCCCAUCCGGGGAUUAUCUUAAUCUGUGUUUUAUUCAUCUGAAUCCGUGAAGUAACUAAUAACUAAUGUUGUGCCAAAAAGGAGGUCAUUACCAUAUUAUUCUCAUCAUUUGAAUUAACAAAAGGGGAAGAUAUUGAUUAUGUUAAUUCUGCUUUGAUUUAUGUCUUGAGUCCGUGUUUGUCUUCUUCUGCUUCCCAUUUGUACUUUAGGCAUUUUAUUUACACAUGAUGGGUUUAUGCAUGUUGAUGAAAUGUUGCGUUUUGUAUUUCAUUGUUUCUGAUCAUCACUCAAGAUUAAGUGGGCAUGUCAUAUAUUACUCUGUGUGUUCAU